AUGACAUCUCUGGUCGCAUACGGAAGUGACAGCGAACAGAGCGGCGGGGAAGACGACGACUUCUUCGGGAAAACGGCACCGAAACAGGCGGAAGAAGAUGUCGAAGAAAAGUCGAGCAAAACAGAAGAAAACAUUGAAAAAACAGAUGCCACGGUAUAUUUUAAAAGUUCAGCUUCUUGUUUAAAGGCCGAAGCGUGUCAUUUUCAGGGAGAACAGUCGAAAAAAGAGGGAACGCCGACCGUUUCGUCGUUUUUCUUUUCGGGCGACGACGUGGGCGAAGGAUCGAGUGAUUCUGAUGAAGAAGAGGGCGAAAGAGCUGCUCCGAAGAAGAAGUGGAAGGCCGGAGAGUCGGCGACAGAGCUGGAUCGCGAGUUUGUAAGUUUUUGAAAUGAACGAACACUUUUCUUAUCAAAAACGGUAAUUUGCAGACGAGCGCAAUCUUCGACAACGAUUACGCACGAGAAGAACGAACGAACGCCCAGAUGCUCAGUCGGCACGUCGGUUUAUCGGAGAAACCGACAGAAAAAGAGCGGAAGAAGUCGAAAUUCACCUGCAAGUCAGUUUGAUUCACACUUUUUCACCAAGAGUUAAGAAAAAUUCCAGAAACUACCUGAAAGGAAAGUGCCGUUUCGGCGACAAGUGCCGCUUCUCGCAUCCCGUACACAACCGGUCAUCUGAGGCAGUCGACCAAGUGACCAUCUCAUCGGAAGCCAAGUUCUACACAUCCGAAACGCCCGAAGCGCAGAUUUUUCACUCGAAAAAAUUCAAAUCAAGCGCAGGCCAAUAA